AUGCGUUCCGUUGCGACUGCGGCCGACACCUGGCUAAACAAACCCAAUGUUGAUACUCUGUACACCAGAGCCUUUCUUGAUGUCUCGGCUUCUGAUCUCAUCAUCAAUAUCCCGGAAAUUCGUGACCGCUAUUGGGUUUGGCCUUUUUAUGAUUUCUACGGCAACAACAUCGCCAACAUCGGUAUCCUCCAGUCGUCGCCCACAGGCAAAUACAAGGUUCGUUUUGACAGCAGUAACCCAGGCUUGCAACCAAGCCCGGACAGCCGUUACCAAGCGUACAUCAACCUUCCCACUCCGUACGGAAUUUCUGCAACCCGAAUUCUUGUCAACCAGAGUCAGGCGGAUGUUGAGGCGGCCAAACGCAUCCAGAAUGAGCUCAGCAUUACUCCUUCGUGCCGGGGCUCCCAUCCUGCUGCUCCGCCUUUGAACCUCACAAUGUUCACCGACAACGAGCUUGUACCCGGUCCAAAGAACACUCUUGAGGAAGGCGUUUUGAAGUUGCUGGCAAAGCUGGCGCCCUACAAUGAGCCCAUGGUAAUCGCUGACAGGGAGUGGGUGCCUGCAACGUUGCGAGGUGCUGGCAUUGCCAACACGUCUUUUGUGCAACCUGAGGGCACCAACCUCACUUCGGCCUCGGCAGCAGCCAACAGCUCUAUUAUUCAGGAAUUAAGAAUUCCAGGAUACCUCACGGGUCUCGGCAACAAUUGGGUUCUGCCAGAUCCGACGUAUCUCGGCAACUUUCAGAGUGCGUAUGUCACGCGAUACAUGAUUGCGUCAACUGGGUACCUCGCUCUCACUAGAGAGCAGACUGUUUAUCCUGCAUACGCCGCAUCAGGGAUCUCUCCGGUACUUCCUUCGGAUCGUGCCUUGCUCGUAACCUUCACGUCUAGACCAGUUAUGAAGCCGUUUGGCUUCUGGAGUCUGACCGCUUACGACUAUGAAGCGUAUCUCGUCCCAAAUGAGCUCAAUCGCGAUGGCGGAGAGGGGUCUUUCCAGGUUUUGAUCCAGCCGAGCAACAUACCGCCCCCGGCCAACUGGACAAACAACUGGUUGCCCUCAGCAACCGAUGGAAAGGGUCUUCAGAUGAACUUGAGGUUCUACGGUGGGGGGGAUGUCAUGUCGAAUGGAAGUUAUCUGUACCCCUUGGUUGAGACCAUCGACCCCAUCACAGCCUAA